AUGCAUAGUGCUAUAAGAAAAAUUUUUGAUAGUAAAAUAUGUGAUAAAAUAGAAAACAUGAAAAUAUUGUUGGUAGGUGCGGGAGGAAUAGGUAGUGAAUUUUUAAAAAAUAUAAUUACAAUAGGAUGUAAAAAUAUUGAUAUAAUAGAUAUAGAUACAAUUGAUAUAACUAAUUUAAAUAGACAAUUUUUAUUUAAAAAAAAAGAUGUAAAAAAGUAUAAGUCCAUAGUAGCAAAAGAAAGAGCAUUAAAACAUAAUAAAAAUUUAAAUAUUAAUGCAUAUAUAUUUGAUGUAUGUACUAUGAAAGGUAGUGAUAUUAAAAAAUAUGAUUAUGUAAUAAAUGCUUUGGAUAAUAUUAAAGCUAGAAAAUAUGUUAAUAAGCUAUGUGUAAUGGAAAAAAAAGUUUUAAUUGAAGCAGGGAGUACAGGAUAUAAUGGUCAAGUCUAUCCAAUUUUUUCAAAUGAAACAAAAUGCUACAACUGUGAGGAGAAACCAAGAAAUAAAACUUAUGCUAUAUGCACAAUAAGACAAACACCAACUUUACCUGAACACUGUGUUGCAUGGGGAAAACUAAUUUUUGAAAUGCUUUUUUGUAAAAAUGAUAAUGAAACCUUAAUUGACAUUAAAAAUCAUAUUGAAGAAGAAUCAAAAAAGAGAAAUAUGGAAAAAAUGGAAAUUAUAAUUUUUAUUUUCAAUUAUUUAUUUCAUGAUACUAUAAAUGAACUCAUUUCUUUAAAAAAAGAUUUUGUAGUUAUUCCUACACCUAUAUUAUAUGAUUCAAAGAAUUGCGAUGAUAAUAUUUCAAAUCUAGAAAAAAAAACAAAAAUUUGUGAUAAAAUAGAAAACAAGAAUGAAAAAGAAAAAGAAAAUAAAUUAGAAAAAAGUAAAGAUUCAAACAUUAAUGUAAAUAUUAAUAAAAAUAGACAAGUAAACGAUAACGAUAUUUUGUUUAAAAAAGAAAAGAAGGAAGAAAAUGUCAUACAGUUGUGUGCUCAAAAUAUAUGGGAUAAAAAAAAAUGUAUAGAAAUGUAUGUAAAAACUUUUGUAAAAUUAUAUAAUUACUUAAAUAUAAAUAGAAAAAUAGAUGAAUAUUUAAUAUUUGAUAAGGAUGAUGAUGACUGCAUUAAUUUUAUAACAGCUGUAUCUAAUUUAAGAAUGAUAAAUUUUUCAAUUAAUCAAAAAAGUAAGUUUGAUAUACAGUCAAUAGCAGGAAAUAUUAUUCCAGCAAUCUCGUCAACUAAUGCAAUAGUUGCAUCACUUCAAGUAUGCCAGUUGAUUCAUGUUAUUGAAUAUUUUGAAGUCUUGAAAGAAAAAAAAGAUGAACAAAUUAAUUUAAGAGAAAGUAAAGCAAAACAUGUAUGGGUAAAGAGUAUUGUUAGUGGUAAUAAUAUUUUUUCAAGAGGAAAUUUAGUAAAUUCAGAAAAAUUAGAAUUACCCAAUCCAAAUUGCUAUGUAUGCCAGCAGCCAACGAUAAAUGUUUAUAUUAAGAAUUUGAAUGAAAUAACAUUAUAUGAUUUUGUGAAAGAUAUAUGCACAAAUGAACUAUCUUUCUUAUAUCCAUUUUUAGAUAAGCAAGAUAGAAACAUAUUUGAUUAUGAUUUAUUUUUAGAAAAUGAUGAAGAUUAUAUAAAAAGUUUAUAUAAAUCAUUAAGUGAGUGGGAUAUAAAAAAUGAUGAAAUUUUAAUUUUAACUGAUUUUCAAAAUAGUAAUGAUCAAUUAGAAAUUCAUUUAAAAGAAGACCCUACUUUAGAAAGUAUAUAUUUUAUAAAAGAAAAAAUAACUAAAAAAAGAAAAGCAAGAAGCAUAAGUGAAGGAGAUGAUACUAGAAGUGUAAAAAAAAUGAGGAAUAUUAUUAAUGAUGAAAAAAAGACAAAUGAUAAAAAGGAAACACAACAUGUAAGAGAAAUUGAUGAAAUCAUAAUAGAUGAUGAGCGAAAUAAUAAUGAAGAUUUUGUGUUAAUAGAUUAA